AGCCAAUCGUAUGGAAGCCCUAUUGAGAGUAAUGCUAGAGGGUUGAGAGAGCAGACUACUGCGUAGAGCUAUUACAUCCACAUACAGCCAUUGCAGUACAUUCACUAUCCAGACAAGACAGCGGAAAGUGUCAGCCUGUAGACAUUUCAAAGUGUGAGGAUAUCUAAGCGAAGAUGGGAAAGGAUCCAACAAAGCCAAGGGGCAAAAUGUCCUCUUAUGCAUACUUUGUCCAGACCUGCAGAGAGGAACAUAAGAAGAAGCAUCCCGAGGCCACGGUCAACUUCUCAGAGUUUUCCAAAAAGUGCUCAGAGAGAUGGAAGACUAUGUCUGCCAAGGAAAAAGGGAAGUUUGAAGAUAUGGCCAAACUCGACAAGGCACGUUACGAGAGGGAGAUGAAGAACUACAUUCCACCCAAAGGCGAGAAGAAGAAGAGGUUCAAGGACCCCAAUGCUCCCAAGAGACCCCCGUCUGCCUUCUUUAUUUUCUGUGCGGAGUUCCGACCCAAGGUAAAGGAAGAGACCCCAGGUCUGUCCAUCGGAGAUGUGGCCAAAAAACUUGGGGAGUUGUGGAACAAAACGGCAUCUGAGGAUAAGCACCCAUAUGAGAAGAAGGCAGCCAAGCUGAAGGAGAAGUAUGAGAAGGACGUUGCUGCCUAUCGCUCUAAGGGCAAAGUGGGAGUCAGCACAGCCAAAGCCCCUGCCAAGGCUGAUGAUGAUGACGACGACGAUGAUGAGGAAGACGAGGAGGAAGAUGAGGACGACGAUGAAGAUGACGAGUAGAUAAAUAACGCUUAGAGCUUAGCUUGUUGUCUAUAAAGCAUUUAACCCCCCUGUACACUUUACUAAGGCCAUAAAAUGGGUAAAUAAAAUGAAACAUUUAAAAAGAAAAAAAAAUAAGGCUGUGUAUAUGAUAUGUUUUUAAGCUGUACAGUUUCUUUUUUUCUUUAUUGUAUAGUUAACACUACAGAAGUGUCAUUUGUGUUUGUCCAAAUGCCCCAGCCCUUAAUUUUGUUCGUAGUUACAUUUUCCUUUAGAUGGUUUUGACACCACUAUCCUUACCCGGUGCAGUUCAAAUCAAAAAGGGGUUGUAAAAUUGUCUUGGGGUUCAAUGGAGUUUUAGAAGUGCACAGCACACAACAUAGUUUCAUGUGAGGCUGUAGUUCAUAUCUUAAUGUACUUUUUUGUUUACUCUUUUUCCAGAUCAAAUAUUAUCAUCAUUAGUAAAUUGCCGUAUCAAAGUUAUUUUACUGUAUUUUCAAUACCACUGUAAUUGCAGAAAUGAUAAAAAAUGUAAUUGUUUUGUUGACAUUCUUGUUUGCUUCUGACAUCAAUAAACUUUUUUUUAAAUAA